AUGACAUUUGAAAUGCCCGUGCUCCGGGUUUCUGCGGAAUUAAGUAUGCCAUGAUUGAAAUGAUAUUGUACAGUGCAAUCUUUAUCAGCCGCCUGCGAUUUCAUUAACUUUAUGCCAUGAAGAGAUUUAGUUACUGCUGCGGCUCUCUGCUCUAUACUAGUCCUGACUAAAAUUGAAUAAACGUAAAAUCAGCCAAAAGACUUAAAACGUCGGAGAUCCUUUUUAUUGUCGUUUAAAGCUUUACCUAGACGGAAAUACGCGAUCUUGAAAAUGCCUUGGAUUUCUUUCAGCAUGAGGCGUUUAGCUAUUGCAGCAUUCCUUCUGAUUGUGCAGGUGUAUGUCACCAACUCUCAGCAGAGUGCCAAGGAUCAAUACUAUUCUGAUAUUGUAUUCCUCGUGGAUGGAUCUCGAAAUGUGGGACCAACUAGAUUUCGAUAUAUCAGGCACUUUAUUUUGAAGAUUGUUGAUCAGCUGAACAUUAGACCCAAUAGAUACAGGAUUGGACUUGUUCAGUACAGUGGAGAUGCACGAACUGAAUUCUUACUGAAUAAAUUUCAGACAAAAGAAGAGGUGACAAACUAUUUACGGAGCAAAUACACCUUCAAGGGUGGAGCAGUACCAAGGAUAGGACGCGGCAUAGACUUUAUGAACAGAAACCUCUUUGUCAAUUCUGCUGGGAGCCGAAAAGAUAAAGGUGUUCCUCAGAUUGCCAUAAUUAUUGCUGCUGCACAAUCAGAUGAUAAAAUUGAUACAGCUGCAAAGGCAUUGAAAGCCAAUGGCGUGAUGCCUAUUUCCCUUGGUAUAGGAAGGGCAUCUAAAAGCGAUCUGAACAAAAUCGCCUUUAUUCAAGCAUACCCAUUUGUAAUCAAACUUGAUGGCUUUGAUCGUCUUGAGCUAGUUGCUGCUGAGAUAGCCACUGCAAUCAAAACAAUAACACAAAAACACUUCCUGCUAAAAGAGCUUGAAAAACCAGCAGUGUGCCAAACUGCUUCAAUUGCUGAUAUUGCUUUCCUUCUGGAGGAAUCAUUCAGAGUUAAAGUAACAGACUUCCAGCUCAUCCUCAAUUUUCUGAAGAAUUUCAUCUCAGCACUUGAUAUUGGCUCAGAGAAAGUGAGAGUUGGUUUGAUUCGGUAUGGCGCAGGUCCAACACCAGAGUUUUUCUUUACUUCAUACCAGAACAAGGAUGACAUUUUAAAACAUGUCAAUGCGAUUAAGUUUACACCUGUUAGGAAUGGAAAAAUAAAUGCAGGAGCUGCUCUGACCUAUAUAAGAGAGAAUUUCUUUGAGUUAUUGGCUGCUGGUAGCAGGCAAAAACAAGGAAUUCCUCAAAUUGCAUUUAUGAUCACACAUGGAAACUUUGAUGAUGAUGUCAAAAAGCCAGCUGCUGCCCUUCGACGUAUUGGUGUUGUUGUAUACACCUUAGGAAUGCCAAACACCCAAAGCAGUGAGCUUACAAAAAUUGCCUCAUAUCCUCCAGAAAACUUUGUUUUAAGUAUACAGAGGUUUAUAGAUUUAGAAAAUAUCGAAAGAAUUAUCCAAAAGAAAAUCUGUGUUGGGAUCGUCCAUCUGACAUCAGUAAGAUCAGAACAAACAGAACAACUACAGCAAAGUUGCAUUGAUACAGAGGAGGCUGAUAUCUACUUCCUCAUAGAUGGGUCAGGCAAAUUAUCAUCUGAAGAUCUCAAAGACAUCAAAGAUUUCAUGAUAAAUAUUGUACGUGUGUUCAGGAUUGGCAAAGACAAAGUUCGGGUUGGUGUUGUCCAAUAUGGUUAUACUGCACAGACAGAAUUUGACGUCACUAAAUAUACAAAUCAAAAGGAAGUGAUAGCAGCAAUUAACAAAAUCAGAUUAAUUGGAGGGGAGUAUUCAAUGGGAGGCCAAGCACUGACAUAUAUGAAGACGCUCUUUAACGAAGCAGAUCAAAGUCGUAAAAAUCGUGUUCGUCGUUUUCUGAUCACCAUCUCAGAUGGAAAAUCACAAGAUGAGGUUUCAAGAACUGCUGCAGAAUUAAGACAAAGAGGGGUAGAUAUUUAUGCUGUUGGUGUAGAACAUACCGAACGGUCUGAACUCCUACAGAUCAGUGGAGAAAUAGAAAGAGUCUUCUACACUAAAAACUAUGAUGCCUUGACAGAAAUAAAACAUGCUGUUCUGCGGGAUAUGUGUUCAAAAGAAGCUUGCAGCAAACUGGAAGUGGCAGAUAUCAUUUUCCUAAUUGAUGGAUCAAGAAGCAUAUAUUAUCUAGAUUUCAAGAAAAUGAUUGAUUUUAUAGAAACCUUAAUCAACAGGACUGAAGUUGGCAAAAGCAGAGUCCAAAUAGGUGUGAUACAGUUCAGUACACAAACAAGGUUGGAAUUCCGGCUGAAUCAAUAUCAUGAUAAAGAAAAUCUGUUGCAAGCUCUUCAUGGCAUUGAGCAGCUGAAUGAGGAGACCAGUACAGGCCGUGCACUGAAAUUCACAAUAAACUGCUUUGAUAGCUCAAAUGGGGGUCGACCUGGUGAGCGGCAAUAUCUCAUCGUAAUUACAGAUGGUCAAGCGCAGGAUGAGGUAUACACUCCCGCCAAAGCUGUAAGGGAAAAAGGAAUUAAUAUUUUUGCCAUUGGUAUUUUCGGUGCUAAUAACAGUCAGCUCGUGGAUAUUGCAGGAUCCCAAGAUAAAGUUUAUCAUGCGGAGAACUUUGAUGCCUUGAAAGACCUUGAUAAGUUGAUCUCAUUUGAAGUAUGCAGUCCAUUUGAAGCAUGCAAGAGGAUAGAAGUUGCAGACAUUGUAUUUGUACUGGAUGGUUCAGACAGCAUAACCGCACUUCAGUUUGAAAAUAUGAUGAACUUUAUGAUGGCUGUGGUGAACCGUUCUGAAGUUGACAGCAAUAAUGUUCGAUUUGGAGCCAUUGUGUAUGGAAACAAUCCAAAGACCAUAUUCCAGCUUGAUACCUUCACGAGCAAAGCUGAAAUCAGAGAUGCAGUUUUGCAGUUACAGAAAACGACGCAGGGAUCCAGGUACACUGUAAAGGCUCUACGGCUUGCAAAAGAGCUUCUAACUCCAGAAAAAGGGGGACGAAGCAGAUCCAAAGUACCACAAUUCAUUAUUCUUGUUACUGAUGGAGAUAUCAGAGAUUCAAAAAGUAUACCUGACAUUGCUAAUUCCUUGAAUGCCGAUGGUGUGGAGGUCUAUGCCAUUGGUAUAUCUGGAGCCAGCAAAGAUGACCUUGUGGCAAUUACAAAAUCUGAAGUGAACUACUUCUAUGCUUUGGACUUCGGUGUUUUGAAAGGUUUAUCUAGACCAAUUUCUCAAGUGCUGUGCAAUCAAACCAAACCUGGAUGUGAAGUUGAGAAAGCAGACAUUGUUUUCCUUUUGGAUGGUUCAUCAGUCAUAAAAGAGAGUGACUUUCAGAUGAUUAAGACUUCCCUGAAAGACUUUAUUAGCUUGUUUGAUGUUGGUGAAGAUAACUUUCAGUUUGCCAUAGCCCAAUAUGGCACUAAGCAAAAGGCUGAAAUCUACCUGAAUGACACUCAUUCACAUGAUACACUAAGAAACAGAAUUGAUGAUAUGGUCCAGUUGAAGGGAACAACUGACACCGGGGCAGCAUUACAGUAUGUGAGCAGAUUUUUCCAGCCAUCACUGGGAAGUCGAAGGAAAGAGAAGGUGCCCCAGUACCUACUGGUAGUUACAGCCGGGCAAUCCAGAGACAGUGUGGUGGCAGCUGCUAAUGAUUUGAGGAAACAGUACAUCAAUAUAUUUGCACUGGGUAUUCAACACGCAAACCCCAACGAGCUUCUGAAAAUCACUGGAGCAGCAGACAGAAAAAUACUUAUCCCAGAAUUUAAAGAUAUAGAUAAAAUUAAAAGAAGAGUCGUUUAUAAAAUUUGUACUCCUCUUCCUCCUGUAAAAGAUGAUCCAGCAUGCAAGAUAGACAUUGUGGUGGGGUUUGCUUUAGCAAGAAGAACUGGUGUACGGGGCAUAUUCACUGGCCAGCAAAAACUACAAGCAAAGCUUCGACAAAUACUGAGGGAAAUCACGUCUGUGAAAAACAUCAGCUGUGUACCUGCUUCUAAGUUAAAUAUCAGAGUGGGCUUUCAUAUAAUAAGCACCACUGGCAGGUCUAUCUAUGAAACUGAAUUUGAAGAGUUCAACCCAUUAAUUGUAGUUAAAUUGCUAGACAUGCAAACAGAUGAUAGAAUUGAAUUGAAUGCAAAAUUACUGAAAUCAUUUCCAGAAAGAUUUCGGGAUUCAACUGCAAAUGCAAAGGUGGUGCUGUUAUUCACAGACGGAUGGCAUGGCACAGCGGAGGGGCUUCAUCAAUUUUCAAAUGUAAUGCAUGCUAAAGGGAUCAAUGCAUUCAUUACUGUGCUUCUGCAAGAUACUGUGAAUAUUGAUGAGGUUUUUCUUCUUGACUUUGGGACUGGAUCUGGAUACAGACAACAAUUGUCAAUUGAAAUGGAUGAUAUUGAGAACUCUUUGCUUAAACAAAUAAGUGCAGUUACGGAAACAAAGUGUUGUAAGGCCCUUUGUACGUGUUUUGGAGAACCCGGGGCAAUUGGUUUGCAAGGAAGAAAAGGACAGAAAGCACGUCAGGGUCCAAAGGGAUAUAUGGGCUACCCAGGAGAAGAAGGAGCACCAGGAGAUAGAGGCCCACCGGGACAUAAUGGCACUCGAGGUUACGAUGGAUGCCGGGGUGACAGUGGUGAAAAGGGAAGAAGAGGUUAUCGAGGACAAAAGGGGAGCGAUGGUGAGCAUGGUAUUGAUGGAAUGAUUGGAGAGCAGGGAAUCCAAGGUCCUCCUGGAACUGCAGGUGAAAAAGGCAACAACGGAAAACUGGGUAGAAAGGGGCAAAAAGGGCUUUCAGGUGAUCGUGGAGAAACUGGUUCACGUGGCGACCCUGGUGACCCUGGUGCUGAUGGCAGUGUUCGAGGUCCACAGGGUGAAAAGGGAAGACCAGGCCAAAUGGGUAAUCCAGGAAACACUGGUGUUCCAGGGAAACAUGGUAGUGCAGGAAACCCUGGUCCUGAUGGAAGGAGAGGGCAACCAGGGACACAGGGGUCCAAAGGAGCAGUGGGCAACGCAGGUCUUAAAGGAGAUCCAGGAUUCCGAGGCGCGCAGGGGCCACCUGGUCCUGCUGGUGCUCCAGGCCGAAAAGGAACACAAGGAGCUCGAGGUCAACAGGGUCUUCCUGGAAAUACAGGAGCUCAGGGAAUAACUGGAGACAUUGGUCGAAAAGGGAAUCCUGGUCAAUCUGGAAAUCCUGGAGAAAAGGGUGUGAUAGGACCAGAAGGACCUCGUGGAAUGAUAGGAAUGGAUGGCAAGCAUGGAUUUGGUUCCGCUGGACCGAAAGGCAGAAAGGGAUCACAAGGAAGCAUUGGGAAUCCUGGUCCACAGGGAGCACAGGGAGAACCUGGAACUCCUGGUAAAAAAGGACCCAAAGGAAUAAGAGGCCGCAGGGGUAUUUCUGGCGCGGUUGGUGAUCCUGGUGAUGCAGGGAUGAUUGGGUUUCCAGGAGCAAUGGGCCCCAAAGGAUCCCCUGGUCGCAGAUCACGAACGUUAUGUGAACUUGUAAAAUAUAUACAAGACAAGUGUCCCUGUUGUUCACAAAGAAGUAGAGCAUGUCCAGCUUAUCCGACCGAGUUGGCCUUCGCUCUGGACACAUCUGCAGAUGUCACUCCUCCUGUGUUUGAAAGGAUGAAGAAAAUUGUAAUUAAUUUGCUGAAUGACAUCACUAUCACUGAAAGUAACUGUCCAACAGGGGCCCGUGUGGCUGUCCUUACGUACCAUAAUGAAGCAGAGCCUUACAUUCGAUUUUCAGAUUUUUGGAAAAAGCAGUUACUUCUGAAAAAAAUAGAAGCUCUAGCUCAUGAGCGAUCAAGAAACAGACGGAAUAUCGCCAGCAGUAUACAGCACGUUGUCAGAAAUACUUUUAAGCGAGUUCGUGACGGUAUGCUUGUGAGGAAAAUAGCAGUUUUUCUCACAAAUGGAGGAUCCCAAGACAUUGGAGCUUUGGAAAUGGCUGUCAGAGAAUUAGCUGCUUCACAAAUCAUUCCUGUCAUUAUCUCCUUUAAAAACGUCCCUAAUCUAGAACAAGUUUUUAAGGAAGCAGUAGUUGUAUUGCCAAGGCAACAGCAAAGGUCCCAAGAUCUUUUGCGCCAAGUCUACUUAUGCACUUUGUGCUUUGAUAGGUGUAAUCCAGAUAGACAGUGUGAAGGAGCUGGAGCCAUCCCUAAUAUUUCAGGAAACCUGGAAGUAGCUUUUGUUCUUGAUGAUUUAGAUGCAAUGGAAUCUACGCAUUCAGAUACUAUUCAGCAUUUUCUAAACUCUAUGCUUAAUGAGUUUAUAAGUUCUGAAGAACCGAGGGCUUCUAGCAUUCAGCCUAGAGUGGCUAUUGUACAAAAUACUCCAAAUUACACUCCAACGUAUGGCAAAGAACCAUUUCAUCUGGAGUUUGGGAUUUUGGAUUACACUGCAAAAACACUGAAAAAGCGUCAUAUCCAAGACUCAUUUAAUCAACUGGAGGACUCCUCUGGCCUUGAUAGCACUAUUGAAUGGAGCCUGAAGAAUUUCUUCUCAAAUGCUACAAAGCAGAUAACUCACAGGGUUAUUUUUGUAAUACUUUCAGGGGACGCAAGUAUUGAUGAGAAGAGAUUGAUGGAAUUAUCACAGGAUGCCAAAUGUAAAGGACUUGCUGUCUUUGCGUUGGUUGUUGGAGAAAGAGCCAACAUUACAGUCCUGGAGAAGUUUGUCAGUUUCCCUCAUGGUCUACAUCUACUCCAUCUGCAUCAUCUAGCAAAUGAAAUAGAAUAUGCACAAACGUUUUCAGUAGCUUUCCUGAAAAACCUGGAAAGUGAAAUUAACAAGUAUCCACCUCCAGCUCUAAAGAUGAAAUGCAAAGGAAAAAUUUCUCAAAAUGCAGAAGAAAAGAAGACAUUUCCCGAAUCACGAGUGAAAACUGUGGAAAAUUUUGAAGAACAAAAAGAUGAUAUCGGCAGCUAUGAUGUUUGCGGAUUGAAUCGUGAUUCAGGGGAUUGCUACAAUUAUGCCUUAAAAUGGUACUUUGACAAAACAUCACAGAUCUGCAAACGGUUCUGGUACAGUGGUUGUAAAGGAAAUGGAAAUAGAUUUGACACAAAGGAGGAAUGUGAAACCUUGUGCUUGAAAUCUCCCUCCUAAAUGCUGUAGUAGGGUUGAUUUUAGAUACAUACUCAAUGGCAACAAGCUUGAAAUUCACAUGUGCCAUGCUAUUUUCUAUAUACAUAUGUAUUAUCUUAUUCAUAUUAGAAUCUUACUUAUAGUCAAAAAACAGGAUUAUCCCAAUUACAUUCUUCCUGAAAACGGGGAAGCUUACAAUGGAUAGGACAUCUUUUUUUUUCCAGUGGAUUUUCCUUUGCAAACGUAAAAGAACAGAUAAAUGGCAAAAGGAUCAUCCAGAAGUAAAUAAGCAAAUAGGUUCCGUGAUUUUUUUUUUUUGUUUACAAGCUUGCAAUCAAGCAAGGCAAAAUUAAAGCAUCCUUUCCUGGUCUCCCAGAAAAGCUCCCGGAUGUAGGCAAGGCUCUGCACUUUGGAGCAGGAAGGCAAAACACAGGCGAGGACCACCAUGCAGUGCAAGAGCUAGAAUCCUGAAAGCAUUGAUCCUCCAGGAGUAUGUGUAUCUCAGAAUCAGGUUUAACGUCACCGGCAUACAGUAUGUUGUGAAAUCUGAUUUGCAGCAGUAAUAUAUUGCAAUACAUAAUAAUAAAGCUAUAAAUUGCAAUAUGUAUACAGUAUAUAAAUAAAAAAUAAUUAAAUAGUUCACACAGAGAGAGGUAAAAAUACUGAGGUAGUGUUCAUGGGUUUACUGUCACCUUAGAAAUCUGACGGCAGACGGGAAGAAGCUGUUCCUGAAACAUUAAGUUUAUGUUUUCAGGCUCCUGUACCUUCUCCUUGAUGAUAGCAAUGAGAAGAGGACAUGACCUGGGUGACUGGGGUUCUUAAUGAUAGAUACCUGUGGGUUCUCUCUUCAUAACUGCUAGUUUCAAAGAUAAAACCUUUGGUAGCCCACAGAUCAAGAAACUCAGGAAACUGAAGGGUUCAUCUAAAUAUCACAGAUGAGCCUGUUGCUGUAGUAAAGAAGCAAAAAUUUUGUACUGUUUCUAGAGACAAAUUCAUACUUGGAAGCUACUAGUAAAGUAUUGGAACCCAAAUGAGAAUUAUUUGAGAAAUCUUCAUCUAGCGUAAAUGCCUAAUAUUUUUGACAGUCAUUACAAUCAAUUUCUAUUUCAAUCUGUUGCCAUACAUACAAUUAAAAUGAAAAUCUUCCAGUCAUUUAAUCACUUGUGUAGGUUGUUUUUGAUGAUCUGUUUUAAUGUACUAAAAUGCUUAAUUUAAUAUUAAAUAGGUAGUGGUUCAAACAUUUAAAACUUAGGUUAUUUUAUGUAUAAGAUUCUGUAUGGUGCUGUUUCAUGUACAAAAUGUGUUGGUGAAUUAGUUGUACAUUUAUCAACAUUCAAUUGUAUAUGGAUAUAGAAAAUAUUUGCAAAGGAAAUUUUAAACAUAAAAUCAAUACUUGGAGUAAUUAAAAGGUCAGUUAGGGAUUCUAAUUCAACUAGACAAGAUUUUAUUUCUGAUGUUGAGUUCUGGUGAGCUUUCACAUUCAGCUGUUUCUCACAGGAAUAUACAUUUGUAAAACUUGAAGAGCUCAACAAGUCAUAUGUAUGCCACUUUGAUAAUUGUUCCCUUAUUGACCAGUACCAGGCAGUAAUUAUUUUUGGUGCAAAUGCACAUUGUAAAAUUAUUGCUGUCGUUGCUAGAACUGAAGAUGAUUAUUUUUCUGUAUAUUCCAGGUAUAUUUGUUACAAGGGAAAUAUUAUUGUUCUUUGCUCAGGGUAGGGAAUGUGGUUAUUUGUAUGUUUGCUUGUUUGUCUUUCUAAAGAUCCUGCUACAUGUGGUACUAUUGUGCCAAAAGAAUAACUCGAUGACUUCAGUGAAUUUCCUGUUUACUGAUGAGAAAUUUAUGGUUGUAUGAUAUAAUAAUAAUUACUAGUCUUUCAAUAAAAACCAUAUUAUAAAAAUAAU